CCGCAAGCUAACAAUGCUCUGAAUACAACGCUUCAAUGCUUCUUUACCUUGUUUACUUGUUUAGUUUUCGAGCCUUUUAAUAAUAGUUUUCUGUAUUUUCAAAUUCAUUUUUCCGUGUUUAUUAUUAAAACAUUGCUUUUAAUCGUAUUAAACUUAAAAUCCAUCACUAAACAGUAAACUCUAUUUAAAUUCUUAUUAUACAACAACACUUCUGAGCUUCACUAUUAACAAUGGACCCUGAAGAUUUUUCUGACGGCAGUGAUGAGAGUGAUUUAGACUACAUACCACCAGGUGAAGUGGAAAACUUAUCAGAAAUUGAUUCUGAUGAUCCAAUUGAAGAAGAUAAUGAUGGUACAAAAUCAUCUGCAAACCAAUCAAAAAAAACUUCUAAAAAACGUACUAAGGGAAAAAAAGCAUCACGAAAGAAAAUUAAAAAAAUAGAAAUUGAUGAUGAAACUGUUGAAAAAAGCAAAGAAGAAGUAAAUACUCUUCUCAAUUCUUCUGAAGAAGAUAAAAAACGUCUAGAUGCUUUAUGGGAAGAAUUUCAGAGGCCAGUAGUAAAAAAAUCUACAUCCACUACACCAAAUACCAAUGAAAAUAAAUCUAAAUUAAAAGAAUCGUCAAAAACUUCUGACAAACCAGAAGCAACCAAAAAAAGAAACUUUGAAGAGUUGUUUAGCACUUCAAGCUCAUCUAAAAAGAUAGAAAAUGAUAAUGACUCAACAAAACCAAAGUCUCCAAAACUUGAAACCACUAAUGUUCCAAUUGUAAAAAAAUCAUCUGGUGGUUUGGCAAAUGUACUUAGUCAAUUAGGUAAAAAAGAUAAAUUGACAGUUUUAGAAAAAACCAAACAAGAUUGGGAUAGUUACAAAAAAAGAGAAGGAAUUGCUGAAGAAUUGGUCACAUAUAAUAAAGGAAAAGAUGGGUACUUGGAAAAAAAAGACUUCUUAGAGAGAAUUGACUUGCGGCAAUUUGAAUUGGAAAAAGCAAUGAGAGCUGCAAAUCGAUUACGCAGAAAUUAAAUGUAACAACUAUUCUUUGUAUUUAUGAAUAAAAUUUUAAAUUUAUAUAAAA